AUGAUCAACAAAAGGAUUAAAGAUGCUCUUCUCAUUAAAGAGAAAGAAAAAGCAGAUAUAGACCAGUUGGAUGUUACUAUGAGUAAACUUGUCAGAAAAUCUGGUGACAUUAAGUUUAUAAUCAGCUAUGCAGCAGCAGUCAGAAUUGAAUUAGCUAUUAACAUUGGAAGAGUGAUAAUAACUAUAAAAGAUUUUAUUCCUAAUGGUUUUCCAGAUAAAAGAGAAAAUAAUAGUUUAGGGAAGAAUUUUAAUGUCAUGAUUAUAGAUGG